GUUUAUGUUGUUUGCUAUAAACUGAAGUGCUACAUAGUUAUUUAGAUUGUUAUUGUGUGUGUUGCUGAGUCAGUCCAUUAGUAUGUACUAUUAAUUAGAGAAUUUCUUUUGUAUUGUUUGAACAUUUAAGUAAACAACAAACAUACUGUACAUAAUAAAAAGUCUUCACAGUCUUAAGUUUUGUGUCACUCAAAAAGUAAAACAGCAUUUUGGUCAACGUUUCCUUCCAACUCAUUUUUUUAUGCCUAUAGGGAAAACUGAAUGACUGAAGAACUGUUGUCUCACAUGCUCAUUGUUACUUCCGAAUCAUUUGUUGUGAUCUUAUUGGUUGUUCUGUAGGUUCUGUAGGUGUGUUAAAACAAUUGCUUAAAAGCAUGAAUGCUGGUCUUAAACUUUGCAGAAGUGCUCUAAAGCUGUGAGCAGUCCUUCUCUCCUCCACUGCAAUGAAGACUGUUGUGUUCACUUUGCUGGCUGCGGCUGUGGUUUGCAGCACAGGUCAUAAAAUCAUUGGAGGUUACGAAUGUCCGCCCCACUCCCAGCCAUGGCAAGCGUACCUUACGGAUGGGCUUAUCGAUUGUGGAGGAUCUUUGAUCAAUAAAAGAUGGGUUGUGUCUGCUGCUCACUGCAACUUCUUACGUUCGCGUCUCAUCGUCCGUCUGGGAAAGCACAACGUGUAUGUUACUGAAGCCACAGAGCAGCAGAUCGGGGUGGAUAAGAUGAUUCCUCACCCGAAAUAUAAUGAUCAACCUCAUAACAAUGAUAUCAUGCUGAUCAAGCUGACAAAGCCUGCCAUCUUUAACAAGUAUGUAAAGCCAAUCCCUCUGACAACCAACUGCACUUCUGCAGGAGAGCAAUGCUUGGUUUCUGGAUGGGGCAAAACUGAAGUUGGCUCUGCUUCUGUCCUGCAGUGUUUGAAUUUGCCUGUAGUCUCAAGGAUGCAGUGUAAGGGUGCAUAUGGUACAUUAAUAACUGACAACAUGUUCUGCGCUGGAUUCAUGGAGGGAGGCAAAGACUCGUGUAAGGGGGAUUCUGGUGGCCCUGUAGUGUGCAACGGUAAACUAAAAGGUGUUGUUUCCUGGGGCGAAGGCUGUGCUCAGCCAGGCUUUCCUGGGGUUUAUACUGAGGUGUGUCGCUACACUGACUGGAUCAAAAACAUCACAACUAAUAACUAAUAACUAAUGGACGGUCCUUUACAAGUUCGUUUUCCUAAUUAUCUGUAAUUAAAUUCAGUUUGAAAUGUG